AUGCCAUACUCCAAUCGAACUUCUUUCAUGACAGCAGAGCAGGACUCUCCACGAUCAUCUCAUAAAACAUCCUUGGAGCACAAUCCCACAACCAACUUUUAUCAUAACGAGUUGCACUUUUAUGGGAAAUCGACAUUGCACUCACAUCAGAGCCAGCAUGAUAAAUCCACGACAGAAGCUCAGCUAUCGCUAUCCUCAUCCAUCUCAGAGGACAUUGAGUCCAGCCACACAGUGAUCAAUGGCUCAUCACAGACAGUAUACAGCUUACCGGAGCAUCACACGAUGCACAAAGCAACAACCGGUGGUAAAGCCGAGGCUGAUCCGAAUCACUACACCACCAUCAUCGAUUCAUCAGCCACCACUACAGCAGCAUCCGCAUUGCCAGAGCUAAAGACAUACCCCAUAGCUUGGGUACUUUUGUUUUGUAUCGUGCUUAUUCGUGCUGCUGUUGCUAUCUUUUCCAACACAUUCAGUCCUAUUCCAUCAGUUACAGCUGAUUUUAUGGGUAUUUCACUAUCCAGCAUCAAUUGGCUGUACAAUACAAUGGCCAUAUGUUACAUUGUAGCAAGUUGCUUUACCAGUUAUCUGUACAAAAAGAUAGGCGUGAAAUGGUCGCUGUUUCUCUCGGGAUUCAUUCUAUCCGUUGGCUGCUGGAUCAGAUGGAUUGCUGUAAGAAUCAACCCACCCUCGUUUCCUAUACUAAUGUUGGGUCAAACCAUCGCUUCACUCAGCUCUCCUAUCAGCUUGAAUAUAAUGACAACGUUUGCGGUGAUCUGGUUUACUGAGAAUAGGAGAGCAACGGCUGGCAUGUUUAUUGUCUCCAACUAUGGUGCCAUUAUUGCCAUGUUCCUUAUGCCUGCUCUUGCUACAGGCAAGGAUAAAAUCGAGUUGACAGUGAUUGUCGUAGCUAGCAUAGCUACUGUUGCCACAAUUCCAUUUCUCUUUUUCCCUGUCAAACCACCUACGCCUGCUUCUCAUGCUGCCGCUGUUACAGAAGCCCAAACAGGAGUAUCUGAUAAACCCCAAUUGACACUACUUCAGGGAACAAUGCUUUUGUUAAAGAAUCCUCAUUUCUUGAUCCUCCUCAUCAUUCACAGCUUAAAUAUUGGUUUAUCUAUUGCUUGGAAUGGUUUAAUGAAUCAGGCCAUCGCUCCUUAUGGAUACGCUGAUAAUGAAAUUGGUAACAUUGCUGCCAUUGGUGUCGUUGGAGGAACAUUUGGCUGUCUCAUGUCAGGACCUAUCAUUGAUCGUACCAAACAACACAAGGUACUCUUAAAAAUCAUGGCUCCUUUGAUGUUUAGUACGUACGUAGCUUUUAUAUUUGUUGUCAAAAAAGACUCCUUUGCCGCCAUCUUGUAUACCAACAUGCUCAGUCAGUUCUUUCUUAGUUUUAUGGUCCCUGUUUGUGUCGAACUGGGCGUUGAAAUCUCCUACCCUGUUACGGAGUCCCUCUCUACAUCUAUUCUGUGGCAAGUAUCUCAACUCGUAGGCUUUAUUCUAGUGCUUGUCAUGGAUCUGUUUCGUGAUGUUAACGGAGAGCCCAAGGACAAUCUUUACAAGGCACUGAUUUUCCAAGCAGCUAUAGCCGGUGUUUGCUUCUUUUUCUCCAUGAUUUUCGAUGGGCCUAUGGCUAGAACCGAGGCAUUAAAAGUUAAGGAGAAAGCAGCGGCUGCAACCGCUCAAUCUGAAAUCAUUGCGACUAAUACAUCAAUGUCUCAAUAUCAUUAUGACUCUGCUGAUACAAUGCAAACUUUGACAGAGGCAAAUCAGGCCAGAACUCAACGUUGUAAAGAGGAAGUCUAA